AUUUAAUAUGGCCACCAAAAGAAAGUAUUAAAGGAAUGUAGUUGAUAACUAAAAGCCUGAAGAGAACGUCAUUAGAGUGACAAAUCGCGUCUAAUCAUCAAACUAUGUUAGGAGAGCUCUGUGGCUAUUCUAAGGCACUCGUAAAGAGAAUCAACCACCUGCCUUUGAUACUGUAAUUAUAACUGCUAUUGAUAACGCUAUUACUAAGGCGAUUAUUAUAUCUGAAGUUGUAAGAAGAAGAAUAGCUGGCUUAUAUUAAAUUAAUACAAUUAAACAGGUAGAAAUCAAUGAAGUUUAUGAACCAUUGGAGGAAGGACUUGUGGCUGUUAAAGUUUUGAGAAAAUUAGCAUCUUUAUAAAUUAAACUAACAAAGACACCAACUGAACAAGAUAAAAAAGAACCAGGAUUCCAAGUAAUUAUAUUCAAUUUAUAAUAAAGGAACUUUUACCACCUGAUCAAAUUUAAACAACUAGACCUGAAAGAUAAAGAUCUCCAAAAAGAAACAGAAGCAAAUCAGAUAACAAAAGAAAUUAUAGCAAUAAAAGAGAGGACAGAGAUGAAAAUAGAAGAGAUAAUAGAGAUGAUAAAAGAGAUAACAGAAACUAUAGAAAAGACAAUAGAAGGGGCGGUAGAGAUAACAGAGAUAAUAGAGAUAAUAGAGAUAACAGAGAUAACAGAGAUAAUAGAGAUAAUAGGGAUAAUAGAGAUAACAGAGAUAACAGAUAUAAUAGAGAUAACAGAGAUAAUAGAGAUAACAGAGAUAACAGAGAUAAUAGAGAUAACAGAGAUAACAGAGAUAAUAGAGAUAACAGAGAUAAUAGAUAUAAUAGAGAUAACAGAGAUAACAGAGAUAACAAAGAUAACAGAGAUAACAGAGAUAACAAAGAUAACAGAGAUAAAAGAGACAACAGAGAUAACAAAGAAGGUGGCCAACAAAAAACAAGAGGAGGAAAUAAAUAAUAAUAAUGAGUUCAUUAAAACAUAUAGCAGAAUAACAAUCUCAUCAAUUAUCCCUCCAUCC